AUGGACAGAAGAACUACAUGGAGUCCUCGGGGCCUACCGGACCUCGCCCAAGACAGCGACGCAGGAACUCCCUACCCGCUGGUCUACGGUACUGAGGCCAUAAUACCCACGGAAAUGCACGUGAGAACAACGGUCCCAGGGUCUACCUCUCAAGAAGAGAAUGAUGAACUGAUGUCACUGAGCCUCGACCCACUCGACGAAAGGAGAGAAGCUGCUCGACUAAGAAACUGGUCCUACCAGCAAGAUGUCGCCAAGAACUACAACAAGAAAGUCAGAACCAGGACCUUCCAGCAAGGGGAUUGGGUUCUGCGACGAGUAAGUGACAACACCAAAGAGAAAGCAGCAGGGAAACUCGCCCCCCGGGUGGGAAGGACCCUAUAA